AUGACUCGUCAGUUGGAGCCCCUUGGACCCGUGGCCGCACCCGUCAAUGGCAGCUCCCUCGCUGGGAUGUCUCCGCUGUGCUUUGGCGCUGGCACCUUCGCUCCGCAGUACAAUGAGCCUGCUCUUCUGCGGCCGACUGACGUAGUGCGCCGCGCUCUUGAUCUUGCUGUCAAUUGCUUUGAUACCUCUCCGUACUAUGGCGAGAGCGAGAUCAUCCUCGGUGAUGCGCUCCAAAACUUGUCAGCGGACUACCCUCGGAAUACAUACUACAUUUCCACAAAAUGUGGACGGGAACCCACAAACGAAUUCGAUUACACGCCUUCAUGGAUCAGGAAAAGCGUAGAACGAAGUCUGGAGCGCUUGCACACUUCGUACCUUGACGUCGUCUAUGUCCAUGACGUAGAGUUCAAGACGGAGGAUGAGGCAGUUCUUGCCGUAAAGACCCUUUUCGAGCUAAAGCAGGAAGGAAAGAUCCUGAAUGUUGGCUUCUCGGGCUACCCACUUCCCGUUCUGGUCUCCCUUGCCGAGCGUAUCGUCAAAGAGGUUGGCAAGCCCGUGGACGCAAUCAUCACUUACUCGAAUUUCAACAUUGCAAAUACUGUACUGUUGAAGUAUCUAGCCAAGCUGUCUCCGUGCGUCGGUCAGAUCAUCUCUGCGAGUCCAUUCUCAAUGGGCUUGUUGAGUUCACGGGAGCCUCCAAAGUGGCAUCCCGGGAGUCCUGCACUCAAGGCUGCAGUCGCAAAAGCAGCGGCUUUUUGUGACGUCGAACUGCGCGAACCACUGGCUGAUUUAGCCACGCGAUUUGCACUGGAGAAGUGGGAGGGUGUAACGUUGGUUGGCUGUAGCACUGUUGACGAGGUGGACAGUGCCGUAGCAAAUUGGUGGAAGUGUCAAGACAAGGCGCAGAAGGAGAAAGAUGAAGUUGCGUUUAGAAGAGUUAGGGAAGUUCUGGGAGAUCAAUUGGACGUUUGCUGGCCGAGUGGUAGAGGGUGA